CCUGAAUUUGCAGCCAUGAGCACAAGAAGCAGCACCACCAACGUUCGCAGGAGCUUCACUAGCCAGUCCAUGGCUGCAUCCGGAUCCUCCCAGAUGUCUGUCCGCCGUCCUGGCAGCGGAUUUAGUGGUGGCAUGGGUGGAGGCAGCGGCUUCAGCUACGCCAGAAGCAGCAGCAGCGCCGGUGGCUACGGUGGGGGUCUCGGCUCUAGCUACGGGGGUGGUUACAGCUCUGGUAUGGGUGGUGGUAUGGGUGGGGGAUUCCAAAAUGCCCACAUCACAGCUGUCACGACCAACCAGAGUCUGCUGGCUCCCCUGAACCUGGAGAUCGACCCCAACAUCCAGGUGGUCCGCACCCACGAGAAGGAGCAGAUCAAGACCCUCAACAACCGCUUCGCCUCCUUCAUCGAUAAGGUGUGCUUCCUGGAGCAGCAGAACAAGAUGCUGGAGACCAAGUGGAGCCUCCUGCAGGAUCAGACCACCACCCGCUCCAACAUCGACGCCAUGUUCGAGGCCUACAUCUCCAACCUGCGCAGACAGCUUGACGGCCUGGGCAAUGAGAAGAUGAAGCUGGAGGGAGAGCUGAAGAACAACGAGGGUCUGGUUGAGGACUUCAAGAACAAGUAUGAAGAUGAAAUUAACAAACGUGCCUCAGUAGAGAACGAGUUUGUCCUGCUGAAGAAGGAUGUUGAUAGUGCAUACAUGAACAAGGUGGAGCUGGAGGCCAAAGUUGAUGCUCUUCAGGAUGAGAUCAACUUCCUCAGGGCCGUCUAUGAAGCGGAACUGCGUGAGCUGCAGGGCCAGAUCAAAGACACCUCUGUCGUGGUGGAGAUGGACAACAGCCGUAACCUGGACAUGGACUCCAUCGUGGCUGAAGUUCGUGCCCAGUAUGAAGACAUCGCCAACCGCAGCAGAGCUGAGGCCGAGACCUGGUACAAGCAGAAGUAUGAGGAGAUGCAGAGCUCUGCUGGGCAGUAUAGUGAAGACCUCCGCUCAACCAAGACUGAGAUUGCAGAGCUGAACCGCAUGAUCUCUCGUCUCCAGAAUGAGAUAGAGGCCGUCAAGGGACAGCGUUCCAAUCUAGAAGCUCAGAUCGCCGAGGCAGAGGAGCGUGGUGAACUGGCGGUGAAGGACGCCAAGCUCCGUAUCAAAGACCUAGAGGAUGCCCUCCAGAGAGCCAAGCAGGACAUGGCCCGCCAAGUCCGUGAGUACCAGGAGCUGAUGAACGUCAAACUGGCCCUGGACAUUGAGAUCGCCACCUACAGGAAGCUUCUGGAAGGAGAGGAGAGCAGAAUUUCCUCUGGUGGUUCAGGAACAACAAUCCAUGUGCAGCAGAGCUCUGGGGCCAGUAAGUACCAUUCUGAUUAAACUCUCUAAUUGUUUCAUCAUGUUAGACAUGAGCCUGCUUUAUCCACUGCCGGCUCAAUGCCUGCUUGUGCAGAUGAAUGAACAGAGCACUGGAAGUGGACUGAGUUUCCUCUAGCUGUGCAGUAUUUUAAAUUCCCAUCCGCUCCCUGUAUCCAGACUUCUCUACCUCAAGCUCCGGCGGAUUUGGCUAUGGCAGCGGGCGAAGCAGCAGCAGCAGCAGUGGCAGCGGCAGCGUCUAUGGAUUUAGAAGUGGUGCCACCACCAGCAAGUCUGUGACCACCUCCAGGACACAUUACUGAGUACAACUCUCCACCCAAAUUAGAAAUGAAUUAUUCUGCCCUGUUAGUGAUUUUAAUUGAAAACAAUUAUUACUGUGUUAUUCCUGGCUGUCAAGCUUUUCUCCCCUCACUUGUACAUCUCCACAUUGCUGCCCAGUUUCCCAGAAUGCACCAGUGAUGGGUCCUUUUUCUAUAUUUUUCUAUGGCUCACAUUUCUAUCUUUCGGCACUGAUACUUUGGAAACAGGGACCAGUGUUUGUUGUUAAGUGUUCUCAAUUAUCUAUAGAAUUCUAAAAAGUGAAUGAAAUAAAGCUAAUCUUGUGAAUCACUA